UCUCUCAGUAUCGGCCAGACAACCGAGAGCGAAGGUUGUGUCGCUCCUGCUCCCAGUCUCCGUUCAGUGUAUGCACCGACUAUAGAGUGUACCGGAGAGAGAUGAGUCUGUGUGCAGGCUUCUAGUCCAGCGGAUACUAGUGGGAUGUUUUUUGAAUAAUUCAUGUUGCCAUGCUCGUUAAAAUGUUUUUCUGAGAGAAAAUUACACGGAUUUUACUUUUAAAGUGUUAGAACGCAAAUGGGCGUGUGCUUUCAUUUUUUUUCUUUUUUAGCAUUGCUUAAAGAACAUCAUCGUCACAUGAACCUGCACGGUCAGGACAAUCAAGACGAGUGCUAACGUUCUAGAAAAAUAAAAGAGUGCUGUUGGACUUAUUUGAUUCAAUGAAUAAAAGUGUCCUAAAGGCUAUCACCACAACCUUCAAAGAGAACAAGAUUCAAGCCCCAGCAACAGCACACGUAAGAGGUAUUCAGCAUCCCAGGAAAUGAUCUACGUCGCUAUUCAACAGAAGAGACAAGUAAUAAAACAGACUCAGGGAAUUCAGUCAGAUAAUUCCUAACCAGUAAUAUAACAUGAGAGCUAAAACGUCAUGUCUCUAUGGAACCAGAAUUUUGUGAAAGUUAACAGAAAGUCGUAGUGUCAUCAGUAGCUGUAAGACGCAAUAGUUGUCAAUGCUAAUUCAAGUUAUAUAAAGUUAUAUAGAGACAAUUCAAAUCACUAAAGUCAGUUUAGAUCUUACUCCCUAACCCUACUGAAAUAAAUAAAUAAAUAAAAUUGAUAAGUAUAAUACAACAGCUAACACAUCUCCGUUGACUUUCUGAUCUGAGCAGUAAAACAUGGAAUUAAGAACAUAAAUCUUUAUAAAUGAGAACAUUGUAAAAAAUAUUACACAAGUGAAAAUAGAAAAAAUAACACAAGUGAGAAGUGAUCGUACGAAUAAAGUAUUGAAGAAGAGGGCAGAUGAAAGCUAGGAAUCAGAUUCAAAGGGGAUGAGCCAUCAUCAUCAGCCAUCAUGGGGCCUCCGACCUUGUUGCUUCUGCUCUGGCAGAGUCUCUUCUCAGUCGCCGCUCAAGCUCUUCAGACGGGGCAGUGCGAUGGUGCUCUCGGGAUGCAAUCUGGGGCCAUCCCUGACGAGCACAUAUCGGCAUCUUCUUACUACGACACGGCCGUCAACGCCAUCUAUGGCAGAGCGCACGUUGAACUUGGCGGAGGGGCGUGGUGUCCUCGAGAAAUGGUGUAUCGGGAAGGCACCGAAUACUUGGAGGUCAACCUUGGGAGUCUCCACGUAGUGACAAAGGUUGAAGUGCAAGGGCGCUUCGGGAACGGUGAGGGCAUGGAAUUCGCCAGACAGUACAAGUUGCAGUUUUGGCGACCUGGUCUAGAGCACUGGAUCACCUAUUCCGAUGGCAGGGGAAAAGAGCUCUUGGAGGGCAACACUAACACGUACCUGGCCAAGACGUCUCAGCUGAGUCCUCCCACCGUGGCUGCUAGGGUUCGCUUCGUCCCCUACAGCGUUCACCCCAGGACCGUCUGCAUGAGGGUCGAAUUGCAUGGCUGUCCGUAUACAGAUGGCCUGAUCGCCUACUCGAUGCCUGACGGCGAUUCCAGAGGCCCUGAUCAUAACCUCCGAGACCUGACAUACGAUGGAACCCGCCGUGACGGCUGGCUGUCGGGGGGCCUGGGCCAGCUCAUUGAUGGCGAGACCGGACACACGAAUUUCAGGGUCGACGCCUUAGGCCGCGGAAGAGGAUAUGAGUGGGUGGGAUGGAAAAAUGACUCGCGCCAGAAGACGCCCGUCGAGAUCACCUUCCAGUUCGACUCCAUCAGGAAUUUCUCUGCUGUUCAUAUCUACGCCAACAACUUCUUCACCAAGGACACUCAGGUGUUCUCGCGCGCUCGCGUUCUCUUCAGCGUGGGCGGGGAGCAGUUCACGGCGGCACCAUCCAUAGACUACGAGUACGUCGUGGACCGCAUCUUCGAGAACGCCCGGAACGUCACCAUCAAGUUGCAUAACGCAGCUGCCAAGUACGUCAAGUUGCAACUCUACUUCGCGCUGCGAUGGAUCAUGAUUUCGGAAGUUGCCUUCGAUUCGGUUCCUUGCGGCUGCAACUUCACGGAGGAGGAGCCUGUUGCGGUGACGACGGAAUCCUUCCAGGGGGUAACUGUGCCCCCAGACAUUCAGGAUCUGACCCCUGUUGUCCCUGCUCAUGAUACUUCCUCGGGACUCUUAGUCGGCGGACUAGUCACUGUGGGCGUCAUAUUUUGUGUCGUGCCAGUGGCUCUCUGCGUCCUUUACUACCGAGUACGCCUUGCCAAGAAGACGAAGACCCCGCCCUCGACCAUUAAUAGCGUCGACGCCAAGAAGGUUUCCAUGAAAAUGAAGGACCUCCAUAUCAACAUGAAUCUGACACCGACGUCUAAUGGGUACUCAAGGGCCAAAGGGGAGUUGUACGGCCACGUCGCCAUGGAAGAGGAAGCGGCUGCCAUGUAUCAAGAGCCGUUCAAAGGUCCCCUCCAUAACCCCGGAUAUUACACCUUAGGGAGGAACGUCCCAGCCUCAGAGACACCCCUCAAGUGCCCCUUACCAGUCGAUACUGAUGACUCUGUCGAUUACGCCGUACCCGAUGUCAACAUGACACCCCCUCCUCCCUUCUCGGAGGUUUAUAGCCCCCCACCCCCAGUACCCUUGACGAGGCCUCCAUCUACGCUUCCAACCGCCAGGUCACGUAAGGAUUCGCCCCUUCCUCCUCCGGUACCUUCCAUCCCACCACCACCAGAGCAGCAGUAUUACGCUGCCCCUCAGCUCUGUUACGCCACGAAUAUCCAGGGUGUUACUGGGUCAGUGAUCUAUGCCGUCGCCGACACUUCCAUAAUCGGGAAGGAGAGAUCAGUGGCGGAGGUUAGUCGUCAGCGUAUUCGCGUUCUCGAAACGUUGGGGGAGGGGAUGCUAGGCAUGGUGCAGCUGUGCGAGGUUGAAACCCCAACUGCCGCCACUCAGAUGGUAGCUAUGAAGACCCUGAGAGCUGGUGCUAGUGAUUCUGCGAAGAAGGAUUUCAAGCAAGAGGCGAGGAUUCUUAGUCGAUUGGAUGAUGCCAACAUCGUCCAGUUAGUGGGCAUGGUCACUAGAACAGAACCCCUCUGCAUGUUGCUGGAAUAUAUGGAAUAUGGCGAUUUGUACCAAUUCCUGAGAAGGCACAGAGGCGAAGGAACUGUCACGCCGGUCAGCUUCAUAGCUCCUGAGGGGGAGGAGGAUCCUGUGUUGAGCUACGGUGCUCUCAUAUACAUCGCAUCCCAAGUGGCGUCUGCCAUGAAAUAUCUCGAGUCACUGAAAAUUGUUCACAGGGACUUGGCAACUCGAAAUUGCCUCGUUGGGAGGCAGCUGACAAUCAAGAUAUCGGACUUCGGCAUGAGUCGAGCUCUUUACUCGAACGACUACUAUCGACUGAACGAAGACCGCGCCCUCUUGCCCAUCCGAUGGAUGGCUUGGGAGUCGAUCCUGCAAGGAAGAUUUUCGACCAAGAGUGACGUUUGGUCUUUCGGGGUGACGUUGUGGGAGAUCCUGACGAUGGCCCGCCAGCAGCCUUACGACGAACUCAGCGACGAGGGAGUGUUGGAGAAUAUAUCACACUGCUACCACGGCGAUGGGUCAAAUAUGAUGAUGUUGCCACACCCCCCUCUCUGCCCAAGGGAGAUGUACAGCAUGUUGACGGCCUGUUGGAGAUGCAAAGACGCAGAAAGACCUCCCUUCUGGGAAAUACACAUGUUCCUGCAGCGGAAAAAUCUUGGGUACUCGCUUGACUAUCGGGAAUAAAGAAUGCGGACAAAUGCAUUUGUCAUUAAAAUGCGACCAGACCUCCGUUUUAGGGGGUCUAGUAUAGUGGAUAUAUAUGAAUAUGUAAUUUAAGCGAAAAUGUGGCCAAAUGUUGCGUUAAAGGUGAUAUUUUCCUUUGUGUUUCUUGGAAAUACCAAAUAUUUACGGUUGAUAUAAGAUAUGUUAACGACACAUGUAUAGUCUAACAGGUCAUUUUGACUGGUGUUAUGCAGCUACUCUAUCAAAGAAUGGUUGCUGAUGAAAUCCUAAGUGAAAAAGAAACUGAGGAAACAAUCACAAGUUUUCGAUCUUGUUAAGCGUCGGAUUUAAGAUGGAAAAGAAAAUUGGAGUUUUAAAAUUUCAGACGGACAAGCGAUUAAAUAUACGGCGCAGCAAAUUUGGAAUUUUGGAGCUGGUAAGCAUGUAAAGAAAAUGUAAAAACGAUGGAAAACUAUAUUUUUCGAAGAGAAAUGGGAAAGAAAACCGAAAUGUCGCCUGUCUGAGUGAUUUUAUUCAUUAACCAGAUGAUAUUUGUCUAAAUUGCGUGACUGUGUUGAUGCGCUGGACAUGGCCAAGCACAAGACACUUGAAAAUUUCCUUGCAUUUUUGUGUGUGAUUAGUGCUGUAGGUGUGAUAUAAUAGAGGUUUUUAUUAUUGCUGUUGUGGACAGUUACUGAUGGCGAUAUAGACGUCGCAUGAAAAUUAAAUUAUAUACAGAGUGUCAUUAAGUGUCAUUAAAGCAGAUCAUAGACAAGAAGGAAACCUAAUGGUAUCCUGGACUAAAUUCGAAGAGGUCUGAACCAACACUCGAGCUUCCACGAGGCGCGAAGAGAGAAGGUGCAGGAAACAGACCCCAGAUACUGUUCAAGAGACAAUUCCAGAGCUCUUCUGGAACCGGAUGACAUUAGCUCAAGAGACCCGUUAUCAUUCUUACUUCAGAAAUGUCAGUGUCGUGUCUGUUGAAAUACAAAUUCAUUCUUGUGUUGUUUAUUGAUGUGAUCACACUCGGCUCUUCCACAUCAUUCUAUGUUUUCGUCCCUUUUAUGUCAUAUUUUCCCUUCUUUUUCUAUUUACCCUAGCUUUAUUAUUUUCAUUAUCACGAUUCAUUUAGCUGCUUGUAGUUCUUAUAACCUGUCUGUGGAUAGGCUCUGUGAUUUAACUGUGAUAUAAAUUAGUCAGGGAUCUGUUUAUCGUAUUUAUGGAGUAAAUACAUACACACAACCGUGCUGUAGUAGUGUUUACUUGGCAAAGAUUGCUUUCUCUUUUUUUUUCUCUCUCCUUGUGUCUUGAAGUUCGUUCUGUGACGUCAUUUCGAAUCUCAAUGUACUGAAGACAUUCUUAGUAUUGUGCAAGCUCUUCAUUGAAAUACCUGGGCUGUCUGUUGUAGUACUGAAGCAACGUCACCUGGACAAAUCAGUUGGAAUUUGUGUACUACAGUCAUUUGGAAACUAACCGACUGAUAGAUAGCCAAGUUAUAACCUAAACCAGUUAUUUCCUUUCUCACCUUCAAAUUGCAUUCGUUUCUUAAGCACCAAAAAAAAGAUAUGAUUUUGAAAAGCCUUACUAGAUUACUGAAAAAAGCAACUUAUUAGUAACAUUAUUCUUAGUCUAGUCAUAACUGUCAUUAUUGUUGUCUGAUAUAAGAACUUUUAUUUUAUUUUAUUUUUAUUUUUUACUUCCUGAAGCCUACCCUGUUUUCAUCGUCUUGACACGAGAGAAAGUUUGACGCAGGUAGAAUGGGAGUUUCCUUUUUCUUCUGGAAUGCAACAAGAAUAUCUCCGAGGAAAACAUAUCUUGUAAGUUACACUGUAAAUAAUCUUUUUAAGUGGUUUCUUAUGUUGUCUUUGCUUUCGGACGCGAGCAGUGAUAAAUAACAACAAAGUCUAUUUACCAUCUCUGGACUGUGUGAUUCCUUUGUGUAUGAAUGAGUGGUAGCGAUGACCGUUUUAUUAUUAAUAUUAUUAUCAUUUCACGCGGAGUCUCACACUAGAGGCCAAACCUUCAUAUCUCUUCAUUUCAAUCAUUUCCAAAAAGCUUCACGAAACGACUUCCUUGUAGAGCUGAAUCAAAGCUUGGAAACAAACAAUCAUCGUCGAUGUUUUCCUCAGCUGAAUGGCUUUGGAAUUAGGACACUUCCUCGUCCGUUUUUUUUUUUUUUUUUUUCGUGGAAGCAACUCUGGAUUAUCGCGAUGCCUUUGGGAUUUCCCGGGAUUCGAUGUCGCUGACAUGUUGCUGGAGAUGUUAUCCUGGAAGUGUUGCCUGAAGUUGGGAAGUUUCUGGUUCGAGAGGAGUUUGUGUCGUGUCGAGUUGCAAUUAUACGUAUUUCCAUGAGCCACCGAGCGCUUCAUAACAGUUUUUUUUCCUAUUUUUUUAAUUAAAUGCAAUAUUCUUGAUCGGUUCGAUUUCGUAAUUGAUUAUUUGCAAAUUUAAGAUUUUAUAUUGUUCCUAAAUUUGGCUACGCCAAACUUGAAAAGAAGCAUUCUUACAAACACUUAGAAUUGUUAUAUAUAUAUAUAU